CUGCCAGUUCUGUCAAGCAGAGCUCAGAGGAUGAAAGCCGUGGGCUCCGGUUUCUGUAGCCCACCCAACCUGUAGUCGCCUCUGUCGCUGAAGAUGCCUAACCGGUUGUAGGAAGGAGGCGAUUAAACGUCACAUGGCUCUCAGUCUCCCUCGGCCUCCCGACACGGAAGAGGAGGAGAAGGAGAGACUCCACGUCAUUGAGGUGCUGUAAUACCGACAUUCACUGGAAAAUACAUUACAGGACCUACAAAUAACUGCCAUUUCCAUGCCUGCCUCGACAGACCUGGGUAUGGAUUAUUCUCGCGUUUGGAUUUAACAUUGGGGAUUAUUGCGAACAGUGGGAAAUCGCUUCGCACACCAAUAAACGGGGCAAAAGGAUUUUACUGAACCAAAGGUUGCCCGUGAGGCCUGCUCUGCUGCAAUCGCAACUUUAUGCUCUGAUGGGAGAUUCAGGUCCCCGGCGCUCCACCCUCGUCUCAAGGUUGCCCAUCUUCCGACGGAGUGCGAGCAAGAGGCAGGGCUCGCUGCCUUCUUCUCCAUCCUCUUCCGGCAAUGCCAACGGCGUCCACACCUCCUCGCCGUCCAGCACCAACUCCAGCUCCAGCAGCACCGGCAAGCGCCGGAGCAUCUUCCGGACGCCCUCCAUCAGCUUCCACAGCAAGAAGAGUGGCGAGCCGAGGCUCGAGACCACCGAGCUCGGCUUUCCCAAUGGCGGCCAGGCGCCCGAGCUGGCCUUCCCCAAGCCGGAGGAGAGCAUCAGGCCCAAGAGCAGACAUUCCUUUGGUUUCGUGGGAACCAGGAGCAAAAAGAUCACCAGGUCCCAGACGGAGGAUUUCGAGAAAGCGUCCACCAACCGCAACGUGUUCAUAAACUGUAUCAGCUCGGGGACCAACGAGGGGGACGACUCGGGGUUCCUGGAUGACUACAGCAGCAGGCGCUCUUCGAAGCACAAGAAGCAGCUCCUGCCCAAGUCCUUCUCAUCGCACUACCGGUUGUCAAAGCAGGGCCUGCCGGCCUACGUGUCUGACCCGCCGAGAGGGAAUGCCCAGCCUCCCAAGGCUGAGACUCCUGGGUCUUGCCCCGGCGAGCUGGCAGAGAGCUCCCUGCAGUCCCCGAUGCUUUCCGAUGACCGCACGACAGCACUCACUCCCUCUGAAUUCGUCCCCAUCACCGAGGACUCGGUCUCGGAGGUGGAGGCGCUGCCCAGCGCGAGCCCCGCCGUGCCCCGUGAAGGCGACUUCAGCCACGUCCUCACGGCCUCGCAGGUCUUCUCCAACCCCGUCCUGCCCGAGGAGGAGCCUGUGCAGUGCGGGUCCGAGACCGCGGGUGCCGAGAGUGGAGCAGAUGUUCCGAACAGUGAGCCCGCUGAGGAGCGCAGAGAGGAAGGCGCUGAAGGCACUCAAAAUGGCCCAGUCGACGAGCUCGCACCGGUACGCGAGAUUGCUGAUGCAGAUUGCACUGAGCCAGAGCAGAUGCCUAGCGAACAGACUGAAACUAAACUGAGCAACACCGUCAUAAUCCAAGAACCAUCCAAGGUCAGCUGUGUGAAGCCAGAGGUUAAAUCGUGCCACCCAAGGAGAACACACACAGUUACAGUGGGGUGCAGCAUCAGCCCGUACCACGAGAUUAAGCGAAUGGAGCGGCGCUUGCGAUCAGCUUCUGAAGGCACUGCAGGAGGCACCCGGCUACACCUGAAUUUGAAGGAGGCCCACUACGGAGAGAUCAGUACUCUUCAGAAACAGAGGGCCAACUCUUCAUCCUCGAAACUGGACAGCCUGGAUGUCCUAAAUAACCUUGGCUCCUGUGAGCUUGAUGAAGAUGACCUCAUGCUGGACCUUGACUUCUCUGACGAUCAGCGACAUCGUUUCGUUUCCAGAGAGGACUCCAGCCAGUCAAUUGCAUCCUGUCUGGCACUAAUGCAUUCUCCCAUGGAGGCCUCUGCUGACAAGAUCCCAGGCAGGGACGUGAAAGCCAUGGAGUCGUCUCUCGGGUCAGGCUCGGUCCGCUCGCCGAAGGAGGCCCGGGCAGCUGAUUCCCGUGCCCCAGCCAGCUGCGCGCUGGGAGGCCUUGCGGCGGACAGCUGUCGCCCCAGGGAGGACGAGCUGGUGGGCCUGGAAGCCCUGCCCUUCCGCCUGAUGUUGCAAGACUGCACCUCGGUGAAGACCUUGCUGCUGAGACUCAAGAGGACCCUGCAGGAGAGUGCGGAAAUGAGUCCUGCCAGCAGCACCCAUUCACUCCCCAUCAGCCCGAUCAGCGAGAAGUCGCUUCCUUUUAAGGAUGCCUGGAAAGAUGACAGCCCCUCACUGCUGCUUCAGCUGAAGGAAAAAGAUGAACUGAUCUCCAGGCUUCGGAAUGAGCUGGAAAAAGCCCAGAGUUUGCAAAAACACCUCUCCCAAAGAACUGACAAAUCUACACAGACGGAAAUCAUCAGCCAUGAUGCUACAUGUCUAAGCAGAGCUAUGAGCCAAACCCUCAGCAUAAGGGACAGAAGGUCAGUGCGUACUCACACCGGGGACCCAUUUAGCCGCCCGUCAGCUGAUGGAGUGGUGCCCUGUGAGGACAGGAACUGCCAGGCCCCUGGCGUGCAUCUGGGCGGUCUUCUGAGAGAGCAGGCAGCGCAGCGGAAUACGGAGACCCUGGCCACCCAGAUUCCCCGCGCCAUCGCAGGGAGCAGCUACAGUGUCUCCCAAAGCAAAAACAGCCCCUCGUCCGACACGGAGAGAUGCCCCUCGGCCUUGGCCUGCCAGAAGGACAGGGGGGCUCUGCUCAGGCAGCACUCUGCUUUCACGGGCCGGCUGGGGCAACCCCCGCGGGGACCCCUAUCUUUGCACAUGUACAGCAGGAAGAAUGUCUUUCUCCAGCACACACUACAGACAGCAGAGCUGCAGGCCCUGAGCCAGCAGGAUGGGUAACACCACAUCGGGCAGAAAGGUUUCGGCCCUUUUAAGUGUCUGAAAGGAAAAAAAAAUACAAAACUGAGAAAUGCUUCCACACUGUAGCUGCUAAUAGUCCUGCCAUCUUAAAUUCUCUACAGUGCCAUGUGUAUUCAGUCAUACUUAUAACUGUUUGGAGGGUUCCUAAUGAACUUUUUCUGUUAAAAAAAGAAAGUACUAUCUCAUUUUUACUUUAUACUGUGUGCCCGCUCCAUUAGAUAUUAAUACUCUUGAUAUCACAGUGUUGGAUAUGCAUUUUUCAAUAUGUGUAGUAGUCUAGGGGAUUAAAUUAAGAAGCUAGUAUGUACCCUGCCUCACAACCCUAUGUAAAAAAAAUGAUUUAAAAGACAUUUUCUUUAUGUUGUCAAAUAUGACUUGUGGACAGAAGCUGGUUCACAACUUCAAUGCACUAACCACUGGCAAAUUCCAAAUUCCAAAUUCAGGCCUUCAUGGUGGGUAACCAUUGCAGAAAAGCAAGGGCCAAGGGCCUACUGGUAUUAAACUGCCAUGAAGUUCAGAGUUUGUGAUUUGUGAAUCUGCUGGUGAAUCAAAGCUGUGAUUUAAUCAGAGUCAAAGACAGGUAGAAAAUUAUAAGAGAGCUACAAAUCUGUUCAAAGACAUGACACCCCUGACGCCAUCAGUCAUGAAAAAUAGAUGAUUUCUAGAUAAGAGGCAGAGCCAGUAAAAAACAAAACAUUUAAGUUGAAUUCUUUCUAAAUGACCUAAAAAAUAUUUGAUUCAUUCUUUCACUCUUUAUUUGAAUCCUUUUACCUGUUAUAUUUUCAAAACUCUUUCCAACCACAAAUUAAAUGAUUUUGAAACCAGUUUUGGCUGAAAUAAAUGCAUCUUCUUUUAUAAGACAUAUCAUCACAUUUGUAACAGGCUUGUAAUGAAAUGUUUCAUAGAAUUAAGAAUUUGCAAAUGUCUUUUGUUAUUUUUCCCUGAGCAAUAACACCCUGCUAAUCCUUUUUACCAUUGACAUUAGUUAUAGUGUGAGCUGUCAAAAAGAUAUCACCAGCCAGAAUUUGCCAAACUCUUUCUCUCAAGUAGAGAAAUGCAUUUGUACAUUGUUCUUUUUCAGCUCCUAAAGCUAAAAUAUUAAAUCUUUUCAAUUGGAUUGUUACAACAUAGGAAUCAGUUGCAAAAAGAAUCCUUGCUCUCAAUUAAAGACUUUUGUAAGUGCAUGCAUUUUACUAUGAAUAAAAUUUAGAAAAAAAUUUUGGCCCUUUUUAUAUAUUUAAGGUGGGCCUGUACAGAAGGUAACAUAAAUUUUACAUGGUUAAUAAAUGUACUUAAAAUUGUAAAAAAAUAAAUAAUCUCAGAUUCUUUCCUCAAGUUUUGAUACAAACACAAAGUAAAAUGUACAGCUGGUGCAGUACAAAAUUGAUUCAUUGUGAUUUAUAAGAAUACAAAAAACUAUUCUUGUACUCUUACAUCUUUAACUUAUUAAUAUUAAAAUACAUUUUAAAAAAGUACAAAUAAUGAAGAAUGAUAUAUCAAAAUCUGUGCACAGACGAUUGUAAUGAAAAGCACACACACAAUAAUUAUUUAAUUUGGACACCGUGACGUGUAAGAUGUUUUGCAAACUGCCAGAAACAAGUUCUCUCAAAGUGUAGAAAAGAAAUGCUUCUGCUUUUCAUAGAUAUUGUGUCCCCUUUUCCAGCAUCUAACACGCCUACUGUUUGUCUAAAAAGUGGCACACCAGCUCAGAGUGAAGGAUGUUUCGAGGUGAAGGAAACCCUCCAGAAAACAAAGGCUCCCCCAGGUCUUUUGUUCCCAUUUCACAAUUCAACAGGGAAUGUCGAAUUUCUCAGCACAGCCUAGAUUUGAUCCCAUCUCAUUGUUCAGAACAGUGCACAAAGCGAAGGAAAGGGGCUUCUUGAGGCAGGCAACAAAACUUUAUUGCAUUUCUGAUUUCUAUUAUUAAAACAAGCUUAAUUGUCUCCAGAACUUGUCUUUAAAGAAAAUUACUUGAAAAGAAGCACUGAGCAUAUUAUUUUAAAAGCUUUGAGUGUUGGCAAUUUUUACAGCACAGCUAAAUCUCUUUUGAGUACCAGUGUUGUGACUGAGCCAUGCAUAUCUUACUUAAAAUGCACAGAUAUAAGUGAUAGAAUAAAUAUGUAUAUACAUUUUUACAUGAAAUACUGUAUCUUUCCCACAAGAAGAUUUGUGCUGGUAGAUCUUUAUGAAAAUAACCUAGCAAUGUUAAGCAAUGGUGCAUUAUCCCAACCCUGUGUUCACUCUCAUUACCUUUGACAAGUGCGAUUUGAUCAUAUAUAUAAGUGUGAAAAUCUUAAGGGAUAUGGUAUUGUUUUUUAUUCUUGCUCCCAUUCUCUUUAAACUGCAUUAUUUUUUUGGAGCAAAAGCAAAUAAAUACCAAUGGUUCAUAAGAGGUGGUUAAAACUCUGCAAAACAGCAUAUCGUUGUUACCUUUAAAUAAACAAUUGCUUAGCACGUACCUGAAAAUGCUGAUGCAAUUCAGUUUCGCAGUUAGACAAGGAAACGUGGCAGGUAACAAUUAAGCAGAAAGCCGUUUUGGUUUUGCAGUUGCUAGUGAGUUAAUUAGCGUUGAGAUGGAAUUAAAACCUCAAGACCCUCAGGACUGUGAGGCAGAGAAUAGACUUAACAAAUGAUAAAAUUAGGGAAGGACAAAGCUAUUUAAUCUGAUAAGCACACUGGCUGCAUUUGAAUUACUUUUAUUAUCUCCCAUUCCUCUUCCCAUUGUCUGGCUAAAAUGACACGGUGAUCUAAGACAAUGAAUUUUGCUUAUUUCAAAAUUAAGUUCAAACACUCCUAACUGCGCACCCCCCCACGAACAGCCAUCAUGUCAAUGAGGUUAGAUAGAAAGGAAGGACAGUCAGACAGAAACAGAAUUGUCUUCCAAUCUGUUUUUUUGUUUCCUGCUUCCAAUCUUGUUAUAUUUUUAUAUCCAAAGCCAGUUGGCACAAAUCAUUACAGAAUUAACCUUUUUCAAAAUCUGGUCAUUUCAAGAGGUUAUUACCUCAAACUACACUUUGCGCAACUGUAAAUAGAACAUACUGUAACCUUACCCAAUACUGUACCUUUUAGCACUUUUUGCUUCAAGAAAUAAUGUAGUGAAUAUGGAAUAAAACACUCACUCCUCAUUUAUGAUGAUUUCUUUUCUGCAUAUUGCAUUCUUUUAAUUUCCCUCAAUGUGUAAUACAUUAUUGGCUUUUUUGAAGGGACAUAAUUCAGUUCUCAGAAUCAGAUUAAUAAUAUGUGCAAGCAAAACACGAUAUAUCUGAUUGAGAUGAUCUUUUCCUUAUUUCCUGUUUACAGCAGAUAAUAACUCCUAAUUUACAGAGGACAUUUUUUUUAUCCAAUAUGAAAAAGUGAUGCAAUACAUUGUCAAGCUUCUCUUUUUUCACUGCGCUGUUCUUUGAGCCGACAGUAGAUGACUUAGGCAAUAGUGACUUAAGGAAUAAAUACUACGGAUGUUAAGGAAACGUGGUUAACAGUUUGUCUGAUCUAAAACAAACCUUAUUUAUAAUUUUAAUUAUAAGUGACUUAAUAAAAUAUGUAUUGAGUUAUGUUUUGUUAGGCCUAAGAGUGUCCCAGGUAUGCUUUCAGCAAUGAUUCAGGAUAUUCAGAAGCUUCUGGUAUUCUUUAACAAAUAUCUUACUGCAUCAUUUGUGUUUGGUUUCAAGGAGUUUUUCUGUCCACCCAUAUUGAGAGUCAACCAGCAUGAGAAUAUAUUGUAUAUUGUAAAGUAAUGAGUUUAUUGAGAGUAAAAUAGCAUGGCAGCCACUGUUAAAGGCUUCAAAGAAGAAUGUUGACUCUUCUUGAGUCCUGGGAGGGAAAUAACAGUCUCCCCCAUGCAGCACCUAGUCCUCACCUGUCCUCAUGUGCUCUAGUGCCGGUGUGACAAGCGUAGCUAUCCCUUCCCCUGCCAAGAUUUGAUCCCGGUCACUCUCGGGCUCUGAGCAUGCCUGGCAACACUUCCAACUUCUCUACCAUGCCAAAAGUCUGCGUCUCAGAGUUUUACACUGUUUAGGUUUCAGAGAGAGGUGAUGUUACUUCUGUAACUCGCUCAGCGCACUGAGCUCAGUUACACUGGUAAAGCCACUGGUCAAACAUAACUGCCUCAAAAUCAACAGCACAAUCUUUUUGUGGCUCUGAAGAUCCUAACCUGACUGAGGUACCUGUCAUUUCAAUCUGGAAAUGAAUCCUCAUGGGCUUUGAGUACGAGGCACAGGGUAGUUUAUGUCAUUAAUGCGACUGACACCCCACAUCCUGUGAAGCAGAUUGUGUUUCCAACUGACAAUGACUGGUCUGCCAGGAUGAUUAAGAGAGUGAUCUUUCACAGUUUAAUAACUAUAUUUUAAAUGUCUUUAUAUUUAAGAAUGAAAACUUCUCCUCUUACAAUGUUUUAGUGAUGCUAAGUUUUUCUACUGAGUUGGGUUUAUCAUCAGCCCCUGUAAGUUAUUUAUUUUGCCUUCUUUAUAACAUGAUGUUAUUAAUUUGUAAAGUAUGACUGACAAAUUAUUUCAUGUUUUCUACCGUGUUUGGUGUUUUGUGUUAUUUAAAAUCUAUUUUAUGGAAACCUUGUUAACAUCAGAUCUGAUUUACAGUGUAAAAAUGGUUUUAAAUUUAUCACAUUAACCUAUUCUGAUGACAAAGGUUUUUACAUUCUUGUAUUAUUUUA